UUGAGUCAGGGUCACGUCACUGAACCAAAUCAGUACUCACGUCUUUGCCGGCUCUCAAGGCACUUCCAGGUGGACAGAGCGCCUCAUCCUGCCACCAUGAGCACCUCCACGGGGCCUGAAGCUGCACCCAAACCGAGUGCGAAGUCUAUCUAUGAGCAAAGGAAACGUUACUCCACUGUGGUUAUGGCUGACGUGUCCCAGUACCAUGUCAAUCAUCUGGUCACCUUCUGCCUGGGGGAGGAGGAUGGUGUGCACACGGUAGAAGAUGCUUCCAGAAAGCUGGCCGUCAUGGACAGCCAGGGGCGCGUCUGGGCACAGGAGAUGCUACUCAGAGUGUCACCUGGCCAUGUCACUCUGCUUGACCCCGUCUCCAAGGAGGAACUCGAGUCAUAUCCUCUUGACGCCAUCGUACGCUGCGACGCGGUGAUGCCCCGCGGCCGGAGCCGCUCGCUGCUGCUCCUGGUGUGCCAAGAGCCAGAGCGGGCACAACCAGAUGUCCAUUUCUUCCAAGGCCUGCUCCUCGGGGCGGAGCUGAUCCGUGAGGACAUCCAAGGUGCUCUGCAGAACUACCGCUCUGGACGUGGGGAACGCAGGGCGGCAGCGCUCAGGGCAACGCAGGAGGAGCUGCAACGUGGCGCCUCUCCAGCUGCGGAGACCCCGCCCUUACAGCGUCGCCCCUCAGUCCGCGCGGUGAUCAGCACCGUGGAACCGUCCGCAGACCGCGGGCGACCCCAGGUGCAGCCAAUUCCAGAGACGGAAGAAGCGGGGAGACCCGGCCCAGCUCGCACCACCGCGAGCAACGCUACCCCGACCUCCCCGGACCUGGGCCCGCGGGGGCCGGAGCUGGCGGGUCUACAGGCGGAGCGGGACGUGGAUAUCCUGAACCACGUGUUCGACGACGUGGAGAGCUUCGUAUCCAGACUGCAAAAGUCAGCAGAGGCUGCCCGGGUUUUGGAGCACCGCGAGCGCGGCCGCAGGACACGACGCCGAGCUGGCGGAGAGGGCCUGCUGACGCUGCGAGCCAAGCCACCCACCGAGGCCGAAUACACCGACGUGCUUCAGAAAAUCAAAUAUGCCUUCAGUCUGCUGGCCCGAUUGCGCGGCAACAUCGCCAACCCGUCCUCUCCAGAGUUGUUGCACUUUCUGUUCGGACCGCUGCAGAUGAUCGUGAAUACUUCAGGCGGCCCUGAGUUCGCGAGCAGUGUGCGACGGCCGCAUCUGACGUUGGAGGCUGUGGCGCUGCUCCGCGACAAUGUCACUCCUCGUGAAAACGCGCUAUGGACCUCGCUGGGGGACUCCUGGAUCCGCCCAGGGGUGGAGCUGCCCCCGGAAGAAGGGUCUCCAUACAGUCCCGAAUUCUACAGCGGCUGGGAGCCUCCGGCCACUGACCCGCAGGGCCGAGCCUGGGAGGACCCGGUGGAAAAACAGCUGCAGCAUGAGAAGCGGCGCAGGCAGCAAAGCGCCCCCCAGGUCGCUGUCAAUGGUCAUCAAGAUCCAGAACUGGAAGCUGAGUCGCAGCUAGAAGAGAGAGCCAGAAAGUGGGUUCUGUGUAAUUAUGACUUCCAGGCCCGAAAUAGCAGCGAGCUGUCUGUCAAGCACCGAGAUGUGUUGGAGGUCCUGGAUGACAGGCGCAAGUGGUGGAAGGUUCGGGACCAUCGGGGACAGGAGGGCUAUGUACCCUAUAACAUCCUGACGCUCCACCCUGGACCUCAGGUGCACCGCGGCCAAAGUCCUGCUGGAAACCUAGAGACUAGUACCCCUCCUCCCCCACCCGCACCAGCUCCAGCCCCUGCUCAGGUGCGGCCCCACUGGGACAGUUGUGAUAGUCUCAACGGUUUGGACCCCAGCGAGAAGGAGAAAUUCUCCCAGAUGCUCAGUGUCAAUGAGGAGCUGCAGGCGCGCCUGGCGCAGGGCCGUUCGGGACCUAGCCGGGUAGCUCCGGGACCCCGCGCCCCGGAGCCCCAGCUCGGCCCGCGCUCUGAGGCCUCGGCGGUCCGUGCCUGGCUGCAGACCAAGGGCUUUAGCUCCGGGACUGUGGACGCACUCGGCGUGCUGACCGGCGCACAGCUCUUCUCGCUGCAAAAGGAAGAGUUGCGAGCGGUGUGCCCCGAGGAAGGGGCGCGAGUGUACAGCCAAGUCACCGUGCAGCGCGCGCUGCUGGAGGACAGAGAAAAAGUGUCAGAGCUGGAGGCCGUGAUGGAGAAGCAAAAGAAAAAAGUGGAAGGCGAGGCCAAGAUAGAAGUUAUCUGAUCCUCCCUGGCUCGUUCACAAAACAUGAUGAGACCACGGCGGGGUUCCCAGCGCCCCCUAGGACAACAGUCGCCAGACUCCUCCCCAUCACCAGCGGCAGUAGAUGUCCUGAAGGAUCGCCCACCCCGGUCUCCCCGCUACCUUGGCGGCAGACUGCACUGACAGUGCUGACUGGAAUCCUUCCAGAGGGACCUCCGACUGACGGGAAUGGGGAAGGGGGGGCGGCGCAUAGAGACACUACCAGAGAGGCACGCCCAAGAGGCGCACUGAGGGCCCUGUGCGUUGUGAUGUGCUAUAAACAGCCUCCUUUUAGGCCAUGUCACCUGCUGCCCCCCUCUCUUGCCGGCUACCAAGGAGCCAGGAAUCUGAGAGAUGCCCCACGUUUUCUCUCCAUUAACCUGGAGACUCCGUCCCAGGCUUCCUCCUAAUCACCAAUCUGUCCUCGCACUAGCCCUACCUACAACCUUUCUCUUGUUCAAAACUCUUCCGUGGCUCCUCGCUGUUCUCAGGCCUGGGGUUUUUCUCUCAAGUGCCUUAUGUCUCCGACCACCCUACAUUUUGGCCCAGCCCCUUUCAGCCACAAGGGUUUUGCACUGACAGCUUCUGAGGGUUGGAGCAGCCUCCAUCAUCUUGGCUCAGCCCCCCUAGCCACACUCGGGACGCCUGUGCCCGGCCUCUAAGGAUCUAGCCAUGGAGAUCUGGAUGCUCCCUGGGCAUGCCACAGGCUCUUGGGUCUUCCUGCCCUCCUCAAGUACUUUCUGCCUGCCAAGCCCUGCAACUUGUCCAGGUUAUGCAGGUGGAUGAUAACUGCUGGUUUUCUCUUCCAGGAUAGAUAUCUCUAAGGCCUUUCUUUUCCCUGCAUCCUUGAAACACACUUCCAAGAGUCCCACCAGUGUGAACGGCCUCUACUCCCGGCGCUGUUCAGUCCUUACCUGGGCCACCAGGUGGCGCACCUCAAAUCGGACCCAGGAGAGCCAGCCUUGGGCUGACAGCUUCACUAGGCCCCCUUCCUUCUGGAACAAGCCACUGCAGAUCUCCAGUGCACCUUCCCUGUCCUAUACCCUUGGCUUCUCCUGGCACAUGGGAUAAAACCUAACUCUGGGCUCAGUGCAACCUUCCUCUCUCUUCAGUUCAUUGGUUCAUGCUGUUGGCUCCUCAGGGACAUCCUGGCCCUAUGAGGUCUGAUCACUGCCUGGGGCGUCAUUUCUUAUGUCAGAAAUGGUUGAUUGGCUAGCUGAUUGAUUGCUUUUGUUGGAGGCAGUCUGGAUACAGCCCCAAAUUCUCCAUCCUCCCGUUUCAAGCUUCCUGGGUGCUGGGAAUACUGGCAAGUGCCCCGCGGCCACCCUCAUUUCUAAUAGGGAAACCAAAGCAUAAGCAGUUGCCCAAACUGUUGAUUCCCUCAGUGAGCUCCCAGGCUGCAGGCUGAAAUGCAGGCAGGAGCCAGCUGGCUCUCUGUGGUCUGGACUCGGAACAUUUCAUCCUGACUUCACCCUCUGUCGAUCACCUUGUCCAUCAGUCCUCCGGUCCGCAUCCAGCCAGAGGCACCUGUUACAACCCAAGUGGGACUGUAAUCGGGUGGUCAGGCCUCCCACCUCAGAGCUCAAGUUCUCAACAGAGCCGUGAUCCUGCGCAAAGCCAUCACCUCAGCGCUACCCUUGCUGCCUCCUCUCCGUUCCUUCAGGCACCACAGCAGGCCAGGCCUGCUCUACCUUCCUUCAGAGACAUGGCUCACCCUGCCUGCCUCCUCCUAGUACCUGUCUGUGCAGCCUGACAUGAGGGCUGCUUUUGACUGUCAUAAACACCACACACAUACAUACACACCAGAUACACAUAUACCACACCGAUGCCCAACAUGCCACACACACACACCCAACAUCAGUCAUACCAUGCACACCACAUACACAGUCCACCCCAGACAACAUACACACCACACAUGUAACUCACCCACACCACACACCACACCCACACCACACACCACCACACACUCGGCCCUCCCCCUCCCUCUCUUUCUACACAGCACUACAGCUGGAAUCCACACCUAUCUCCCUCCAGUGCACUGGCUCCUGGACCAGCUGUUCACUCCUGUGACAUCAGUAGGCAGAGCAGAGCCCCGCUGGCAGUCUGGGCACAACCCUGACUGUAAGGAUGGAGGUACCAUCCAUCUCAAGACUGGCUCCUGGCUCUGUUCCACUCACUGUGGCCAGGAAGGACUGCUUACUUUUACUUAUCAUUUACUCCUUUCCUAGAGAAGCUAAACUUGCAGUUUUCCAUGUGGAUCAUUGCACAUUUUCAAUGCUGGCCACCGACCCCACUCAUUUCUGAGGGACUGAGAGCAAAUCUGAGCACCCAUAUCA